AGUGAAAUGGAGAGAGGAACAAGUGACUAUAACAAUGAAAAACAUUUUAAUUAGAUGUCUGAGAACUUGAGCUUGAAGUGAAAGUUGAAAUUGACGCUGGAAUUAUGCGUUAAUAUUACAGUUUUCAAAAGAGAAGUGAGAUUGUGGCAGGUUGAUCCUUACAUGGAUGAAACAUUUGUCACCCGUGCUUUUGCCACCAUGGGAGAGCUGGUGCUCAGUGUAAAGAUUGUUCGGAACAAAACAAACAGGGCUUCUGUUGGUUAUUGCUUUGUGGAGCUGGCAGAUGAAGCUACUGCAGAGAGAUGUCUCAGAAAAGUCAAUGGGAAACUUCUACCUAGAUCCAUGCCGCCCAGAAGAUUUAAGCUAAAAACAGCAACUGCUGUGAAGCAAGGAGACAACAGAAACGAGAGCGGGUAUUAUGAUCUCUCCUGCUCUCAGCCAUACACAUGUAACAACAGCCAGUACGAUGAUUUCAACAGCUCUCAGUCGUACACAUCUUACCACAAUCAGUACUAUCAGCAAUGUCCUAACUACUACUCAAGCUGGGGAUAUGAUCAGAGUGCAGGCCACAGUUCAUGCUAUCAGGCUUCUGAAGACACAAGCGUGGAUGAAGCAUUUGAAGACCCCAGUUUAGGCCUGGAUGUGGUAGAAGCAAACCGUCAAUUUAUGAAGGAAAGUGAGGAGCUCUAUGAUGCCCUGAUAGACUGCCAUUGGCCUGCUUUUGAAUUUCCUGAGUAUCCUGUAUACUCUCCUGACUCUCCUGAAUACCCUCCUGAAUACUCGUAGAAUGAGUAGAGAGACUGUAUCUUCUGGUGUGACAGAAGACUAAUGUGGUCCCUUCAGAAGAUCCUGAGGUGUGAGAAUGAAGCUGUUUUAUGCAGUGCCCUCAGACAUGGGAGUGAGUUUUAACAAUGUAUCUGAAACAUCAGGAUAUAACAUGGACUGGAUGCAAUCCACCGAAGCUGUACUGUUUCCUUCUCUUUCAGGUUCUGUUAAUUUUUUAAUGGACACGUUGUACAACCAAGUCACACUAAAUUAUUUUAACAUAUUGAAGUUCUUUUUUUGCUAUGAAUGAGUCUCCUAACAGAACCAGUUCAUUUGAAGUGCAGGGUUUGGAUGGGCUAAAUAAUAAUAAACCUCCAUGUAUUGGUACAGCGUAUUUUUGCUCUUCAUGUUAAAGGGUAUUUAAUACUUUAAUUGCUCCUUGUCAGAUCAGAUGAUGUGUUCACCCCAAAUGUCUUUUGCACUGUUGUCAUUAUUCUCAUUAUCUUUUGAGUCUUUGCAGCAGUCCAAUUACACACUAACACACACCCUGUUCUCAUUAAUAUAGACCUUGUUUAGAAUAUUUCUGUACUGUUCUGUUGGUGUUCCUAUGGAAAAUAUGUCAGAAGAAUGUUUUUUUUUGUAAAGAAUGGACUUACAUCAUUGUGAUGAAGA